CUCGCCCGUUGCGGUCGUGGUUUGCCCGUUUAGGGAGCUCCAGAGAGAGAUAAUGAAAGCUUCGCGCGGAGCCAUCGAGACUUUGAUCGAAGAGAUCGCGCGAAAGUGACAGUUGGAGGAAGAUUCGACAACUAUUUAAAACAAUAGAAAGCGGAAGUCAUUUUUUUCUCAAAAAAAUGUUUGAUUUCACCUUUAUGAUUUACAAUUGGUCGAGUGAUAAUUGAGUGGAGCCAACGAAGACUGAAGAGAUCGGUGACUGUUAAAAGAACAAUCAAACAAUAGCUGUAAAUUGUUGUCACUGUUCUUGGACAUUGUACUAUUUCACCUUAAGAAGCAACAGCUGAUGCAGUGAUUGUCAAACUUCAACGGAGGUCAUACAAAUCGCGACGCCGGAACAGAUUUAUCAUGAACAAUCAGAAAAAUAGAUAGUGACAAAAGAUUCAUCGCAAAAUAGAUUUUACGUCGCCAUUUAUUUUCGAAACGGUGCCCAACAUCCCUUAAAAUAUUUAAUUAGAGCCGAAAUCGUCAAACUUCACGAAUAUCGGGAAGAUUCGCGCGAAGAACUUUAGCCGGUCACAACAACAGGUUGUUGACGAAUGUGAUCAAGUUACAAGUGUCUGGUGUGAAAGUGGUCCAGAAUAACGGGAAGCGCAAAAAAAAAAGCAAAACAGGUCGUUAUCCAAAAUUGGGGCCCAUCAUUGGCGAUAACUGGUCUUAUCAAGCAUAAGUGACCCCAAAGUGUCACGCAGAGAUCUCUGCGGAGAAGACGAAGAAAGAUCAAAAAGGAGGGCGCGAAAAAACAACAGAAAAGAGCUUCCAGUUCAAACGGCUCAUUUGCGGAGUGCCCAAAGGUGUGAACGCUGCCAAGAUCUGCCAAGAAUUCUUCGUUAGUGCCGUACGACGGCGUGAUACUUACGGCACUGACCACGUGGAGUGCUUCUUCGUGCCGGGUCGGAUUCUCCCCCUUGAGACAUCCGGAGAUUGGAAAUCAUGACCCGUGGAACUCUCAGCAGCAGCCCAAGCAGCGGUACAAAUCUCCGACACCGGAGCCGUCCAUUAUUCAUCCCCAGCGGCAAGUCGGCCUGCCGAGUGGCUGCGAGAAUUUCGGUGACCACGGUGACGGUGGCGAUGGUGCUGCCCCUGGUCCUGCUAGGGCUGCUGGUGGCCGAAACGGGACGUGGCGUGGAUGCCGUUCCCCGGGGGAUCGUCAGCUACGGUGGCAGAGGUGGCAGCAGCAGAGGGCCACCCAAAUUUAGCAUAACUAAACGAAUCCACGCACCAGGAAUAGACUUGAAGAUCAAGUACGACUCCGUGACGGGAAGGGGUUAUUUCGAGGCUAACAAAACCAAACAUCGUAAGACAAGCCGGCAGGAUAACUUUUUGGAGUAUUUUCCUGUGGCCUCCCAAGCGUUAGAUCAGGAUGAAUUGCUCGCUAAUAGACUGGGCAUCGUGGUCGGCGCCCUCGGGAACACCUUCUCGCAGAUCUUCUUUGGGCCGAACGAGCUGCGCUCCGAAGUGACCUUCUGGUGCGCGAACCCAAACCACUACGACUACAUGCAGGUGACCAUCAACGACCAGGACGUGCACUACAAGUUGGACGUCUCGAAGCCACUGCUGUUCCUAACGCACGGCUGGACCGACAACGUCAAUCGAACCUGGGUUAAGGACAUCGUGGGGGACUACGUAACGUACAUCGGGGGCAACAUCUGCGCCGUCGACUGGAGUCGGCUGGCCCUGGUGGAGUACAACCUGGCCGCUCGGAACACGCCUAAGGUGGGCCGAUAUCUGGCAAAGUUUGUCAAGUUCCUGCUCAAACAGGGCUUCUCGAUGGACCAGUUGACACUGGUGGGGCACAGUAUGGGGGCGCACAUUUCCGGUAUCGCUGGAGCUGCGCUGGACGGGGCGGUGCCGAUGAUCGUGGGGCUGGAUCCGGCGGGACCAUCUUUUACGCGGCCGUUUUUGGUGUCAACGGACAGGAGGUUGGACAAGAGCGAUGCGCUGUUUGUGCAGGCCGUUCACACGGAUAAGAACAUCAUCGGGACGUCGACGAACGUUGGCCAUCAGGACUUUUACACGAAUAAUGGGGCGAGUCCACAGCCGGGUUGUGAGUUCCCGCUGGUGAACAAUGAUACGACGAAGGCGUACCUUCAGUUCAUCUGCAGCCACUUUAAGGCGGUCGAGUACUUCCGGGCCUCGCUAAACCCGCAGCACAUCUUCGAGGGCACCAACUGCCACUCGUACUUUUACUACCGGCGGGGCGAGUGCAGCAACAACACGCGGGCCGACUUUGGGCUGUACAACAAGCGAUCAAACCUUGGAGCCCUCUACGUGACGAUAGACAAAACUGUUUACCCUUUUGCGAAAACGAUAUCUCGAAGUACAUGAAUUUAUUUAUUUCUCUAUUUAUUAAAAA